AUACAGAUUCUGCACCAUAAUAAAUAUAAAAAGAACUAGAAAAUUUACAGAAGAAAUGUAUUCUGUGAUUGUCUAGAACCCCAAAACCAUUGCUGGUAUCCGCAAAACUACACCCAAACACUAGGAAACAUGUAAAGUGGGAAACAAUAUAACCGAUACAACAAUGGACAGGAUGGAGGAUCUCAAUGAGAUCCCAUUUUCUGUUGUUGGCCAGACAGCCAUGAAUAGUCUGGCAAAUAAAUUGGAUCCAGAAAUGUCUGUGAUUGGUAACAACUGGAGAGUCCUGGCAGAAAAGUUAGGCUUUUCUACAGAGCAUAUUUUAAACCUUGAUUGCCGACAGAGCCUUCAUGGUCGAAAUACUCUGAAGUUGUUUGAAGAUUACAUAAAACGCAAUGGGAAUUCUGUCGGGGCAGUUAGGACAGCCUUAGUGGACAUGGAGCGGGAAGAUGCUGUAGAGGCUUUAGAGGAACACAUACCUGAUAUCCGUGAAAAAUAUAGAGUUAGCAUAAACGAAAUGCAGCGGCACAGAAUGCCAAGUCAGAACUCUUGCUAUGAACAAAGUACCCGUCAUGAAAGUUUAGGUUACCUACGGCAAGCACGUUACCCCACACCACCACCAGCACACUGUAAUCCACCUAAUUAUGCCCAUUCACGCUAUCAUCUGAACAGUACGUCCCCAUACCAAUCAAUGGUAUAUAAUGACUUGUCAAGAAAUGGGGACACAGCUGCUUCACGGUCAAGCAAUCAGACCAAGGAUUAUAAUGUUACUUCAUCAUCUUAUACAAACAAUUGUAGAAGCCCUACGGACACAUAUCCUACUUUACGCAUUCAGGAAAGUGCAUCAAAAAUCGUUCAUGUAGAUCCUAGUGACACAUAUUCUUCAGCAGACGUUGAAAUGUUGUCUGAUGAUUAUCCACCUGAAGAAGGACAGCCGCUUGCAGCAGGUAUUCAGCGGGAACAUCAUUAUCGUAAUAUCAUUAAGAGACCUUUGAACACUAAUCGCAUGGAGGAUCAAGAGGGGGAAAGUCCCCCGAUACAUCCGAAACGAUUGGACCUGCGAUUAAAUAUAUCAAGAGGGGAAUUCGCCAGUCCCAGUCCAAGUCCAGCUUCAGGCUCAGGAGGAUCUAUCCCACUUGCUCAACUUGACCAUUUUACUAACUCAAACCUAUAUAUGCCAGGCACCGUUUAUAACAAUUUGAUGCAAGAGAAAAAUCAACAAGAAUAUGAUCAGGAAAGACGAGGUCAGAACAAAGAUCCAACCUUUAAAGUCCCACCUCCUGUGAGUGCGAAUCAUAAAUCUCCAUAUCAAAAUGGACAACAUAUACUUGAUUUCCAUCUAAAUAGUUAUCAGGUAAAUGGACAGCAAGUGCCACAGAGAAGGAUGGAACGUGAGGAAUCUCGGACAUUUCCACUACGCAGCCGACAAUUCUCUCACCCUUCCUUGCCCCCAAAGGACAGACCAUCUAUACUGAAAUAUUCAGUGUCUGUUCCUAAUGAUAUGAAACCAGCAGAAUAUAGAAAAGCUUUCAAACAUAUCAGGGUAUUUGUAACAUAUGCUGGCGACAGUAAAAAACACAUACAAAAAGUGUUAAACUUGUGUAGAUGUCUGGAGAAAAAUGGUUUCACUUGCUGUAUGGAUAUGUUUGACAAAAGAAUGCCACAGGAACAGAUGUUAAACAGACAGGAAUGGUGUGCUCAUCGGUUCAAUGAGGCAGAUUUCAUUCUCAUGUGUGUGUCAGAGCAGUACAAAACAGAAAUUGAUAUGUUUGAAUGUGAAAGUCAAAUAGACGAUAAGGAACUACACAUUCAGUAUAUUUAUAGCCUAAUGUUGGCUGAACUUAAGCAGAACGGAAAUAAAAAUUCAAGAGUUAUUCCCCUUUUGUUUGAGGGUUGCACUGAAGUUGACAUUCCACAAUGGCUGCAACACACUUAUGUUUAUACUUGGCCAGGGCAGUACAGGGACUUGUUAUGGUGCCUAACAAAACCGCAUACAAGGAUAAAACUACGAUCACAGCAAAACCAGAGCACACCUACGUCACCUGUUAAUGGACCACACCAUUUAUUGUAGUAUAAAAAAAGCAUCUACGCUAUUUAAUUGGACACAUUUCAGUAUGAUUUUUUUCAUAAUUUUUAAGUGUCUUUUGUACUGUUUUUAUUGUCUCAUAGUGAAGACAGGAUUUAAAUCUGUAGCAGAUGUUAUUUUAAAAAAUGAGCUGUGUCGAAUAGAAAUCGACCUUAUGCAAAUGAAUAUCAAUACAGCUGUUAACCUAUUUCGGGUUGAAAAACCUCAAUGCAAAAUCUAGAACUGCUUGAAAAUUGAGUUGUUAUAAGAACCCUACAAAACAGUCCAACAUUCAUCUCUUAUUUCAUAUUUGAAUAUUCGAAAUCAAGCACAGUCUUACACAUGUACAUGAAUAUGUGCACUCGCAUAAGGUCGAUUUCUAUCAGACGCAGCUCAAAUGUAGGGGAUAGUGCUGGUGUUGGACAAAAAAAAAAACAGGAAGAACCACAAUGUAAAAAACUUGCAUUUUGUGUACACGUCAAUUAUAAAAUAAAGUAUACAUGGAAGAAUAACGCUGCAUGUAACCACAAUUUUUAGCAUUAUAUUAUUUACAUUUAUUGCAAUGUGCAUAUAGUUCAAAUGUCACUGAAUAUGAUUUAUAUUAAAUAUGAUAUUAAGUAUAUAAUAUUGCAAAAUUUGUUUUGAAAUCCAUUCUCCACAUGGAACAAAGUCUCAUUAUAACAUUUGUUUUUCAUGUUUAUAUCAUUAUUACUAUAUUUAAAAAAAAAAGAGUUUCAGAAAAUUUUAUAUUUGAUUCCAAUGGAAGAAAAAAAAACUGGGUGGGGGCUAAAAAUAAGCUUGGUAGCAAAACAUUUGUUGAUAUUUUUCAAUUGGAUUUUCAUAUGAGAUUCUAUAAUUUCAUUAUUUUAAUCAAACUGUUAUGUGCAAUGUAAUUGUAAAUGCUAUUAUGAAUAGAUGAAUUUAUGGAAUAAUUAUACGGCUACCUUAAGCCAUAAAAGGAUUAUUUAUCUUAUUGUGUAUUAAAUACAUAUAAUAUAGAUCAUGAAUUUAUAGCUAUAAGUAAAAUUAUUUCUAGAUUUUCAUCCU